AUGAUUUUAUUGAUACUAUUUUCAGGUAUUUAUGUAUCAAGAAUAUCACGAUUGGACUAUUCAAGUGAUGAGGAGAUUGAAAUUCCAGUUAAAGAACUAAUGCAAGUACAAAGAUUGAUGGCAAAAAUCGAAAUGGAACAUGUUAAUAAAGAAAAAAGCAAACUAUUACUGAAAAAACUUAUUGAGAAGAGAAAUAAUAUGUUGAAAUUCAUUAAUGUGUUCAACGAGUGUUUUAGUAGCAUUUCGAAGUUCAUGGUGCACAAGAAAUACAUGAAUAUACUCAAGGAGUCUAUUCCAGAAUUGAAAAAUGUAGCAGUAGAGAUAAGUAACAAAUAUUCAAUACAAGAAGCGUACAGAACAAUUCUGGAUGACGUGUAUUUAAAUAUUCACAAGUAUGAAAGCAGAAUAAAACUGAAAACAAAAACAAUAAAUGAGCUAGAGACUGAACUAAGACGACUUCAUAGAAAAAUUAGGAGACUCACAGGCAAAUAA